ACUCCGUCCGUGGCAGUGUGGAGAGGAGGACGCAAAGGACAGCCGCGCCAUGAACCCCUACAAUUGUUUCUUGCUAGUGGUGCUGCAGCUGGCAUCAGCAGCACUAGGAACACGUGGUGGCAUUGUAAGGGGAAUAAAUGGAACAGACCUACCAUUCCCGCUCACACCACCCACCGCCACCACCACCACCACCACCACUUCCACCACCAGCAAGGCGCAUGGACAACACACCGCCGUGCGUUAACGUUUCAGCAGCAUCAGCAGUGGCAGAAGAGCAGCCACGCGUAAAGCUUCAAGGGUCUCACAGUCGUAUGACGUCCAGCCUGACUCUCCCCCGCCAAGCAGCAGCGACGCAACACCAAAAUCUGUCAGUGACGCUCCUCGACGUGGGCUCAAGUGGCAAGGCAGACCUAAAGCCUCCGGGCUCCCCACGACUCAGUUUUGCCCUCAACCACCGGCUCCUGCUUCUCACGCUCUGCCUGUGGAUCAAGCCUCACCGCCUCCACCAGGUCAGCAAUGUGGUCUAUCUGGGCGACGCGCGGCGCCAACACUUCCUACAGUUGUCACUCAACAGGGGAGAGGUGACCAUGCACGCAGCCCGCUGCCACCAUAAGUUUGGGGUGGUCUUGGGCGUACGAAAGUGGCACCACUUAUGUCUGGUGCUGGGACGGAAUUCGACCCUCUUCCGUGGAGGCGAGGCGGUGCCGUCCCCUUCACGCUGCGCCCCUAGUGAGGACUUCCCCAGCGAAGAAUUGGUCAUCGGGGGCUCGCUGUGGGGCGGCGCGCCGUUCUCAGGCCUGCUGGCUGACGUGAGGCUGUACGACGCCGCGCUCCCCGAGGGCCAGGUUCGGGGCGUGGCUGAGGGGCGCGAGGUCUCUCGGCCAGUCUUCACACUUGACGAGUCAUCGCUUGCCAGUCUUUCAAGUUCAGCAGAAAAUGUGGAGUUUGUUACAGUGGACAUUCAGAAUUUGACAUCGGAGACAAAAAAUUAUUAUUUCUACUUUGAAGAGAAACUUAAUUUUAUUCAUGCUGCAAGUUUAUGUAGGAAUGUUGGAGGAACACAAGUUAUGAUCUCAGAAACUAACAGUGAGGAAAUCCUGAAUGCCUUACUGAAGUACUCCGGCAGGGUGGGGGACGUGGCGGGGGACUCAUGGGCUCGGCUUCCUGAGUCUCUGAAUGGUAAGACAACCAACAGUUGCCCUCUUCUUCGGGCUUACCAGAACCCCCCCACGCUGCAGAAGGAGGACGGCGAUUGUGAGUCCACCGCCUCAGUUCUCUGCCAGUUGCCGGAGGAUCACAGGCUGAGGAUUCUCGGUCUGCAGGAGGAAGUCAUGCUUUAUCCGAUUCACAAUUCUUUGAACAUCUUCGAGGAUGGAGGCAACUACCGCCUCAUCGCCACGGACGCGGGAGUGAAGCUGGAAAGCGCCCAGAACGGGAUUACUUUAUACGAACAAGUGUCUUCCUCCACGAGGCAGCUGACGGGUCGACAUAAAUGGUUUCCCCCUGAUAAGACUGAGAACAACAACAACAACAACAACAACAACCACAGCAAGUCAGAAGUGGUCCUCACUCUCACGGCCUGCAGGGAGGGUCAGUUCACCUGCUCAGAUGGGGACUGUGUGAGCCUAGAAGACGUCUGUAACUUGGUCAAUGAUUGCCAAGAUGCCACUGACGAGCUGCUGUGUGCAGACCUGGCAUUCCUCCCCGACACUUACAGCAAGCGGUUCUCUCCGUCUCAAGGGACGGAAGACAAGGCGUUGGUCGGCCUCAGGAUCACUCUGGAGCAGGUGAAUCACGUGGAGCUCACUGAAAAUCUUCUGAAAGUUGUGCUCAGACUGGAUGUUAUGUGGCGGGAUCCUCGGAUUAUGUUCAAGUACCUUCAGAAAGACACAGCAGUCAUGUUACCGGAGGAGGUUGUGCAGGAGAUGUGGCUGCCGUGCAUUGACCUGGUCACCGCCGCGCCAGACUACAGGGACAGUGCUGACUUCCCAACAUGAAAGAUAAGAUAGUGACCGCCACGGCUCGCACUGACGGCUUCGGCACCGUCCUCGGCCACACUGAGGUGAAGGCUUUCCCCGGCGCCUUCACGGAUCUGCAGGCGGGUCGAACCGAUGAAAUCGCCUUCAUCUGCCCCCUCGACCUCUUCUUCUACCCAUUUGACGUGCAGGUGUGCAAGAUGCCGCUGAGGUUGAUUGGGCACGCGAAUGACGCCACCUGGAACGCCACCCAGAUGUCGACAGCUCUCGGCGAUCACCUCACACUGACGCUCCUCUCUACGCACGAGUUCACCAUCAGAUUGCACCCCGACCAGGAGACGGCCGUGGUGGUGGUGAAGCUUGGCCGCAGGUACGACGCAUACUUCAUCAACACCAUGCUGCCGUGUAUGCUGCUGGAGGUGAUCGGCUUCCUCACGCACGCCUUCCCCAUCCAGGACUUCAGCAACCGGUGCACCGCCACGCUCUCCUGCCUCAUCGUGAAGGCCGCCUUCUUCCUACAAAUCAGCGGCACUCUCCCAAAGACCGCGGACCCCAAGCUGGUGGACGUGUGGAUGUUCGGCAACGUGUUCGUGCUGUCGCUGAUAUUCCUGGCGCACGUGGCUGUGCUUCACGUGCAGCGCCGCUACGAGACAUCCAAGAGCACACCCAAGAAGGGUUGCGUGGCCUGGGACGAGGAGAUUAUUCAGGAUGGAACCGGAUACCGCAUAGCGCGCUACGUGAACCUGGUGGGCUUGGCCACGUCCAUGCUGGUGUGCAUCAUGCUGCUGUCCGGCAUCGGCGUGGCCGCGGCCAGGGGGAAGAUGGCUGCGAUGAUGCUCUAACCGUCUCCCCGUGGAUCUCUUGCUGCUGUGAGAGUGUAGCCGAUUGCAGCAUGGUCAUAAAAUCAAUCAGAAUCGGCGUGGGGAGUCUUAGUGAAGAGUCUGUUCGUAUGUGAUUCGUAGGGCCCAGGUAAUCAUGUUCGAACGAGAGGAAGUGACGGGCACGUGAGGGAAAGGAGCGUAGUGUGCGGAGAUUAGGUCUUAUUCGUAAGUAGUGUACUAAACCGAGUCCCUAUCUUUGCUGGAGGUUUUCCUAUGCUAACUACCCUGCUUUAUUAUGGCGUGUACUGCUAUGCAUGCUAGGCACAUACCAUUAUCGUAAGGUAUCUCAAGCCCAGGAUUACUCAGUGUGUUGCCUCAAUAAAGAGUUUCAGUGCAUACGUGAAGUCUAUUGUGUUUGGAGAUCCUUAGACGUCAUGUGUGUCCUGCGUGAGCUGCAAUGUUCCUCCAAACUCUGGUGGCCUGUUGGCGAAGGCUGUGUUGUGCAGAUCAGAGGCCCUGCCUGACGGAGACGUAGUUGAGGGGCUGGGAGUCUUCGAUGAUGGUGUAUAGAUAGUACCCUUGCUAGACGAACCUGGAAAGAAACACGUCCGUGGGAAUUACAGUGGUGACGGCUGGAUCAGUAUGACAAAAAAAAAAUUUGUUUUUUCCUUCACCCAGUGCUUUCUCAUAACCAGAUUUUCAGUCUCCUGUUUGAAGCUGCGUGAGGUUCUGUGCUCCAUUCAAGGAAGCUAUUGAUCUUGCUCCUACCUUCCCUAUCCGAAUGUCUACUUUGUUCUUGCCAGCUUCCCCUUGAAAAGUAAGGCCCACAUACGUAUAGGUUCUGGUCCCCAAGGAAAAGUCAGGAGGAUUAAUCAAAACUACUAACAAAUUUCGAAUUUAAGAGUUAAGAAGGAAAAGAAGGGUUACCUUAGGAUAGGACAGGGUCAGUUUAAUGGUCUGUGUAGUUGUGAGGGAGUAGAAUUAGAAGUCUGAAUUAGAAAAAUUACACUACAAGAACUGAAUUCUUAGAAUUGGAAGGACUGAAUUAGAAUUAGAAUAAGAAGAGUUGAAUUAGAAUUAUAAGAAUUGAAUUGAAUUAGAAGACUUGAAUUAGAAUCAGAAGAAUUUAAUUUUGAAUAAGAAUUUACUCUGACAGUCUCACAUGUCAACAAACUCCUGAUAGGGCGCGUCCACGCGGCUUGAGGGUUGUGUUCCACCAGCCUCACGUCCACCACCACCCCACUGCCGAAGAAUGCCCUGGCGAUGUCGUCCUACAUUCCUGCCGAAGCAAAAGCUGAUAGGGAAACCUUGCAGCAUCAUAUUAGUUUACUAUAGUUAUGGGUGACGUGUUGUUCAGGAUGAGAGAAAAUGGAAGUGUUUAAAGGGGGACUAUGCAAUAUUUUGUUUGAUUUAAUUAU